CUCAGCUGGACAGCGGCCGCAUCAUGUUUAGCCACAGCACGGUGGCGGUACUGGUCCAGUUCAUUCAGGAAGAAUAAUUGGAUUUUGGGAAGCUGUGCCACACAGCCGGCCAUACGUGGUGCUUAUGGAGAGACGGGUCAAAUGACACGAGAUGCUGUGAUGGAUUCAUUGUCAGCGAGAAUUUUGUGAUGACGGCUGCCCACUGUCAAGCCAAGGAUUACUUAGUUGAUUAUUGGACUUCACAGUAUGUAUCAUUUGACAAAAUGAAGUGAAGCUCAUAAAAGUGGAACCAGCAUUUUCACAUGUACAAAUCAUUACAACAAUAAAACCUUUAAGAAUGACAUCAUCCUCCUCAAGCAAAAGCACAAUUGCGGGAUUCAUGGACAUUUCUACACAUCGCCCCAAAGUUCUAUUUUAUAAGCUGUAUGUCUUCUGUGAGGCUCCAUCUGAAUGUGUCUCUGAGCCACAUCAUUUGCAUACGCAAGUAAGACACAUCCCCUUUUGGUUAAAAGCCAGGAGAUAUGAGGGUUUGAACUUGUCAACUGUUCGUGCCUCCGCUGCUCAGCACCGUUGCUCAGCUGGACUGUGAUCCCACCAUCAUGUUCUUCAAUAACAAACUGCCAGUACUGAUGAUGGUCCUGCUGACUCUUUACAAUCAAGGCAGAACUGAAAAAAUAAUUGGAGGCCAUGAGGCUGAGCCUCACAGCCGGCCGUACAUGGCGUUCAUAGAAAAGAACCUGGCCAACAACGAACCAUCAUACUGUGAUGGAUUUCUUCUGAACGAGGAUUUUGUGAUGACUGCUGCCCACUGCCAAGCCAACAAUUACACAGUUUACCUCGGAGUUGAUAAUACAAAAUCUUUGGAAAAUGACAAAAUACAGGAUCGAACUGUGGAAAAAGCCUUUCCUCAUGAAAAUUACAAGAAAAACGAAUUCAUUGAUGAUAUAAUGCUCCUUAAGCUAAGCUCUAAAGUGGUGGUGAACAACUUUGUGAAACCCAUCGCUCUGGCAAACCAUGAUGAUGUGACUCUGCCCACAUCUUGCAUUGUGUCCGGCUGGGGUCAAACUCAUUCAAAUGGAAGGAUCUCUGACAAACUCAUGGAAACGAAUGUCACAUUGACUGAAAAUAGCAUUUGUACUGAACUUAAGUUAUACUGUUCAAAUGGAACAGCUGGACCUGGUAAGGGGGAUUCUGGAGGUCCACUGGUAUGUGGACAUGGCACCGCUUAUGGAGUUGUGUCCUUCAUGUACCAAUACUCAAAAGAUCUUUCAACGGUUGCUUACACAAAGAUACCUUGUUACACUGACUGGAUCACCUCAACGAUGAAAAAGGCCCUUAGCAAGAAGUAGAAGACCUUGCUAAUUCAAUCAAGUUUAACUUUUAGUAACUUCAUUGGUGAGGGAGCAAUCUCACAUAUUCCACACUGAUAGUACUGUCAGGAAAGUGCAAACACUUGAUAUUUUAUACAACAAACAGAAAAACAACCAUCUAUCCAUCCGUCCGUCCAUCCAUCCAUUUUCUUACACCCUUGUCCCUUGAGGGGUCAGGAGGGGAGUUGCAGCGAGACAUUUCGCUGCACCCUGGACAGGUCGCCAGUCCAUGAACAUAGUCUGAGAGUGAAAUUUGUUAAUAUUCUUCUAUAUUGAGUUUGAGACCCUAUUUUGAAACUGAUGUGAAAUUUCAGUUUGUUCAAGCUCAGUUUUAACAAAUGUUUGAUAACACCUACAGUAGAUAGUUGAAAAAUGAUUGGAGAUUCAAUGUGUGUGAAAAGAUUAUCUUGCUAC